AUGAUCCAAAAUCCAGCAGCGCUGCUUCCACUGACACCCGCACCGCACCUCCCUCCCGCCAGAUCUGCCACCACUAGCCAGCAAGCCAUUCCUUCUCAUCCUACUUUCGCCACUAAUAUCCGCUGCGCUUCGGCCCGCCGCGACCCCCUGCGCGCAAAUAAGUACCCUCGCCUCGCCUCGCCUCGCCUUCUUCCUCUCUCCAUUGCUCACCGCACACGCCACGCCACUCAAUGCCAGCCCAAGGCGAACCUGCAGACCUCCCUGUCUCUUCCCCUAGCUCUGGCUCAUUCCGCCACGCCCUCCACUCCUCCUCCUCCCUCUCCGUCCUACCCGCCCUCACCGCUCUUCCUGCCAGGCCAGCGCAAGGCGAGCAGCAAGCGAGGGGAGGGCAGCAGGCGAGAGGAGGCGAUGGGAGCGCCAAGGGCGGGCAGCAGGGCAGCAGUGUCGGCCUCAUCAACGGUCGAGGUUGCAAGUAUCGCCCCUGCCACCACACUCCACAAGGGCCCCACUCCCCCCCAGUUCAGUUUCACCCUACGUCCCCUCGCUGCCUACUCACCAGCUCUGCGUGUGUGCCUUGCAGGUGGGGGGGAGGGGUGUGGGGUCAGCAUCGCCAUUCCCUCACGCCUCUCCCCGGUGGCCGUGCAGGGAGGGACGCACACGGGAAGGCUGGGAGGAGGGCUGCCGGGGAAGGAGUCACCUGGUGCUGCUGCAGCUGCCCUCUGCUCGCUCUCACGCCUUACAGCUAAGUUCCCUCAACCCCUUGCCUGCCUCGCCAUGUCUUGUACCCCCUCAGGUGCAGGUGUGCAGGUACCCCCUCAGGUGCAGCCCUUGGGUCUGCAGUUUGUGACUUGGCCUCCACCAGUGGCCCCUCCCCUCUCCCGCCUUGCAAAUGCCGUUCCCUCGCUUGCACUUUCACCAUUCAUCCCCUCGCUGCCCACUGACCAGCUCUUCGUGUGUGCCUUGCAGGUGGAGGGGAGGGGCGGGGGUCAACACUGGCGCUUCCCCACGCUCCUCCCCUGUGGCCGUGCAGGUACCUGUGGGGACGGGAGGGAGGCAACACUGCCAGUCACUGCCGCAAGGGAGAGUAUCGGGGUGGGCUUGGCCUCUCAAGUGUUGGCUGGCCUUGCAGCGCGUUCCUCCUCUGCUGCCUCCCCUUCAUUGCCUUCUUUUGUUUCUGCGGCUACUGCUGCUCUUUUUGAGGCGCCUCAAGAAUUGUUUCUGGGGCGCCUGCUGCUCUUUGUUCUAAUGCGUCCACGCAACAUCCACACCUCUUCCUCCUGCUUCAUUCCAUCAUGCCACAUACCAUCUUUCCCUCCUUUCUCUCCGUUCCCUUCCUUCCCUUUCAUACUGCUCUUUUCCCUUGCCGUUCAACGCCCCUCCUCCACCCCGUCUUCCCCAUUCCCCCCUUCCCCAGCACCCUCGGGAUCUCUCCGAGCAUACCUGUCACAGCUGGCAGCAGCAGCGGACGUCCCCACGUUUGUGUGCAGCAACCCCUUGGGCCUGCCUGCCGUCAGAGUCGCUCACUUGCACGACCUGCUGCUUCUUCUCCGCCCGCCGUCCCCUCCCGCACAUGCCUCUGCUGCUCCUGCUAGAGGCGCUUCACAUCGUGCUUCUGCCCCCUCCCAUGCUGCUGCUGCUGCUGCUGCUGUGGGUGCUUCUGGAAAAGGGGGCGGUGGGUUUGGGGGGGAUGCAGCUAGGCAGAAGAGGAAAAAGAAGCAGAAGAAGAAGCAGAAGAAAAAGAAACAGAAGAAGCAGAAGGAGGCGUUGGCGCAGCAGCAGGGGGGUGAGAAGGAAGGAGGGGAGGAUGAGAGCAUGCAUGGUUCAAGUGCACUGGGAGGGAGUGCUUCCUUGAAUCAGCAUGUUGGUGGUGGUGAGGGAGGAGUGGUUGAGGAAACAGCUAGGCGGAAAGUAGAAGUGUCAGAAGGAGAAGAAGAAGAUGAAGGAGAGGAGGACGACGAGGAAGAAGAGGAGGGUGAGGAGGGGGAUGAGGAGGAUGGGGAGGAGGAGGAAGAGGAAACUGGUGAUGGCGCCGAGGGUGUUGAGAAUGCUGCUGGGGCUGGAGCUGCGUCUGUGCCUGUCCAAGUGCCAUGA